AUGGCGCGGAGUGAUGAGCUUCCCCAACACGGCAGAAAGCGCCACGCUGACAGCGACCCGGAUGGCGCGCAGCCCCUAGCAAAGAGAUUUGGAUAUCUUCAUAUAGGAAAUCCGUUUGACGCGCCACCCCGUGAUCAUUUGGAUGGGCUCAAUGGCAACAGCCCUUCUCGUACCUCUGCAGCGUCGAAUUCGCUGCCUUCAAGCGUAGCCACUGAUACAUCGGGUUAUGGGCAUUCUACAGUCUCGUCGACGUCCCUAGCUUCGGCGUCUACUCCUAGCAAUGGAGCCUUUAUUGAUUCAGAUGCGAUGAUGCUGGAUGAUACACCCCAUACAACGUAUAUUCAUGAUCUAGACCGUGAGCUGGCUGAUGUCGAUGUCGCUGAUGGGCUUUUUUCAAUACACCCCAUUGCCGCCAAGAUGCUUUCGGUGCCCGAAUCAGUUUUGUCGGGCCCAGCCCAGGGAAAGGAGCUGGUGCUAUAUUCAGACCCCUCGUCCCUGACAGUUCCUAGGGAACAUGACAACGUGCGAAAAGCCAUCAUUGAAUCCAGAGCAAGAGCGAGAGAGAGGGCUCGGUCAUCGCAAGCAGUCAUUGAUUGCCCAAUGUCGUCCUUGUCCAAUGGUGACUCUGUGAACUCGAGGGAGCCCACGAAAAACGACACACAAUUUACCGACGAUGGUGAUGAUGGUGAUGAUGGCGACGCCAUGGAGAUUGACCUCAUCUCCUGA